AGCCUCGUGCCGGGAACUGGGCUUUCACUCUCCUCUCUCAGGGCUGGCCUAGAAGGAGGCAGGGCGUCGUGCUGGGGCGGGGUCAGCGGCUACAUAAGGGGAGGGCUGCCGGCCCGCGCCUCAGCUCCACCUCGCCCCACAGCAUGGCCCGGAGUUUCCUCGUGUCCGUGCUGCUGCGCGCCGCCGGCCCCCGGCACGCCCCGGCUUCGCUGUCCUCGGCCGCGGCCCCGGCCCCCCGGGAGCGGCCCGUCGAACCCCCCGGGGGUCCCAGCCCCCAGCCCGGUUCCCGGGUGCCCCGGGCCGCGCCCGUGCCCCCGGUGAACUUCGGCAACCCGGAGGCGGCGUAUCGCAGUCGUAACAGUUGGGAGCUGCUCCGCAGUUUGUUCGUGUUAAGACUGUGCGCCGUGGAGCCUCUACUGCAGAGGCACCAACAGCUGCUGCACAUCUCCCAGAAGCUGCUGGGCCGGAGGCUGUUCGAGCGCCUCAUGAAGAUGACCUUCUACGGGCAGUUCGUGGGUGGGGAGGACCAGGAGGCCAUCAAGCCUCUGAUCCGGCACAACGAGGCCUUUGGGGUCGGCUCCAUCCUGGACUACAGCGUGGAGGAAGACCUGAGCCCGGAGGAGGCCAAGAAGAAGGAGAUGGACUCCUGCAUGGCCGACGCCGAGAAAGAUGGCGGCGGAGCCAGCAACCGAGCGAAGCAGUUCCGGGCCCACCGGGGCUUCGGGGACCGCCGGGACGGCGUCAUCAGCGCCCGCACCUACUUCUACGCCAACGAGGCCAAGUGCGACCAGCACACGGACACCUUCCUGCGCUGCAUCGAGGCCACGGGUGGCGCCGCUGCCAAUGGCUUCUCCGCCAUCAAGCUGACCGCGCUGGGCCGGCCCCAGUUUCUGCUGCAGUUCUCCGAGGUGCUCACCAAGUGGAGGAAGUUCUUUGACCAGAUCGCGGCCGAGCAGGGCCAGGCCGGCCUCCCGGCCAUGGAGACCAAGCUGGAGGUGAAGGAGCUGCAGAAGAGCCUGGAGAACAUGGGCAUCACCACCAAGGCCAACAUCCAGGACUGGUUCACGGGCGAGAUGCUGGGGCUGUCCGGCACGGUGGACCUGCUGGACUGGAACAGCCUCAUCGACCCCAGGACCAAGCUCUCCAAGCUCCUCCACGUGCCCAACAUGCAGACCGGUCAGCUGGAGCCGCUCCUGUCCCACUUCACGGAGGAGGAAGACCUCCAGAUGAAGAGAAUGCUCCAGAGGAUAGACAUCCUGGCCAAGAGGGCCACGGAGGUCGGGGUGCGCCUGAUGGUGGACGCGGAGCAGACGUACUUCCAGCCAGCCAUCCGCCGGCUCACCCUGGAGAUGCAGCGCAGGUUUAACGGGCAGGAGCCGGUCAUCUUCAACACAUACCAGUGCUACCUGAAGGACGCCUACGACAGCGUCUCGGUGGACGUGGAGCUGGCGCGGCGCGAAGGCUGGUGCUUCGGAGCCAAGCUGGUGCGGGGGGCCUACAUGGCCCAGGAGCGGGAGCGGGCUGCGCAAGUGGGCUACGAGGACCCCAUCAACCCCACCUACGCGGCCACCAACGCCAUGUACCACAGGUGCCUCAACUACGUCUUAGAAGAGAUCAAGCACAACAACUCGGCCAGCGUCAUGGUGGCCUCCCACAACGAGGACUCGGUCCGGUUCACCAUCCAGAGGAUGGAAGAGCUGGGCCUGCACCCCUCCGAGAAGAAGGUGUACUUCGGCCAGCUCCUGGGCAUGUGCGACCAGAUCACCUUCCCCCUGGGUCAGGCCGGCUUCCCCGUGUACAAGUACGUCCCGUACGGCCCGGUGAAGGAGGUGCUGCCCUACCUGUCGCGCCGAGCCCUGGAGAACCGCGGCAUGAUGGAGGGGGCGCAGCGCGAGCGCCAGCUUCUGUGGAAGGAGCUGAAGCGGCGGCUGCUCGGCGGGGACGUCCUCUGCCGCCCCGCCGCCUCCUGAGGCCCAGCCGAGGACCCCGGAGCCCCCCGGAGCCCCCCGGGCACAGGAGGCUGCGCUCCGUCCCCUGAAUAGCGGCCGAGGGGCCCCCCCGGCCUUCAGCCGUCCACAGGCUUCCCGGCACAGCCGCGAAAGCGCUCACGUUCGUCUACCUCCCGGAGCUGAGCCGGGCCCGGAAUCCCGUCCACACCGCCUCUUGGGGGAGGGGCCCGAGGGACCCCCCUCCCGCGGCCCAGCCUGCCCCGUCAGACUGGGGGCGACGCGGCCCCAUUAAAAGCGUCUGAAACCUUC